AUGACAGAAACAUUUUUUAACGAUGUAGUUGAAGAUUUUAAAAAAUUGUAUGAAACCAGAGAAGAUUAUGACGCAGUUAUCAUCGCUGGGGAAGAACCAAAUGUUAAAGAAAUUCGUGUUCAUUCUUUAAUCCUUCGCACUAGAUCUUUAUAUUUUCGUAGUGCAUUUUCUGCUAAUUGGGCUGAAAGAACCAAUGGUAAUAUGGUUUUAAAAAAGCCUAAUAUUAGUGCGUUAACAAUUGAAAUUAUCCUUAAGUAUCUGUAUUAUGGUACAGUGGAUUUCAAAACCCAAGAAAAAGAUACAAUUUUGGAACUGUUAGUUGCUGCAGAUGAACUUGGAAUUCAAAGACUUAUUGAUUCUGUUCAAGAAUUUUUAAUUAAAAAUUGUCAUAAUUUUUUACUCCACGAUUCUAUUAAAAUGCUUGACAUUAUUAUCCGUCAUGAAGUAUUUGAUAAACUCAAAGAUGUUUCUCUUAAGACCUUUACUAAAAACUGCCAAGACUUAUUACAAAAAAAUAUUAUAAAAUUACUUCAUUUUAUUACCCGUCAUGAAGCAUUAAACAAACUUAAAGAAGUUUCUUUGGAGACUAUUAGUAAAAAUCCUAACAUAUUAUUUAAUUCAGAUGAGUUCAAUUCGUUAGAAGAAGAAGUGUUAAUAUUAAUUCUUAAAUGUAAUAAACUCGACAUGAAAGAAGGUGAUAUUUGGAAACAACUAGUUAAAUGGGGAAUUUCUCAACAUUCAACGUUAAAUAGUAAUGUGAAAAACUUUACGCAUGAAAACUUUAAUACGUUAGAACAGACUCUACAUGGAUUAAUUCAACUCGUUAGAUUUCAUCAGAUGGAUCGGGAAGAGUUUAUGCAUGAAGUAUGGCCAUUCAGAAAUCUCCUUCCUGAUUACCUUAUAGAGGAUAUAUUACGUUGUUAUUUGGUUUCAGGUGUUGUACCACUUUACCACAAAUUUCAGAUCAGAUGGGGCAAUAUUAAAAUUGACUCUGGUAUAUUAAUUAAUAAAGAGAUUGUGCAAUUGUUUGAAGUAUGGAUCGGCAAUCAAGGCGUAAAUUAUUAUGAUUUAAAUAAAAUUCAAUAUGACUAUAAACUUCUUUUUCGAAGUAGUGUAGAUGGUGGUUUUUCGUCCCAAGCAUUUCAUCAAAAAUGUGAUAACAAAGGAGCAACAAUUUUUGUGGGGAAAAUUUUAAAUUCAAAUCAGCUAGUCGGUGGCUAUAAUCCAAUUGAUUGGAAUGGAAAUGGUAUUUAUAAAAAUACAACAGAAAGUUUCUUAUUUUCAUUAAAUGAUCUUUAUAAUUCCACAAGUUCAACAUUAGGACGCGUUAAUCAAAGUAAUGGUAGUAAUGCAGUUUAUUGCCAUCCUAAUUAUGGCCUAACUUUUGGAAGUGGUCACGAUUUAUAUGCUCCAAAUAACAGCAAUGCUUGGCAAUUAAAUGCUAAUUCUUAUACUAGCAUCAAUAUCUCUGGUUCAAUUACUAUCUCUGAUUUUGAAGUGUUUCAAGUAGUUAAGAAAAUUUAG